CUGACGCCGCGUCGCGCACACUGGAGGCUGCUUUCCUGGAGGAAUAUGGGUUGUUUUUGUUGAUUCCAGCGUUUGUGAUUAAAACCUGUGGAUUUUUAUUUCAUUUCGUCUCCUGAGCUAGGCUCGAGAAGGAGCCGGUGGGAGGAGGACUGCUGGAGAUCCCGUGGAAGAAGCUGCUUUUUGUUUUACGUUGCUCAGAAACGCCAACAAAGAGCAUUCGGGAAGUAGCCUGCUGCGAUAACGCAACUUAGUUCAGUAACAAAUACAAAGUGCGGCGGUGGACACGCGCGUCAACAUGGUGCGCAACAGACUCCUGCGUGCGCUCCUGGCGGUGUCGUGUUGUCUUCUGUUCCUGAACGUGGGGAUUUUCCGAGUGAACGGGCAGUACAGUGACCGAGGAAUGUCGAUACCGGAGCACGGGUUCUGUCAACCCAUCUCCAUUCCCCUGUGCACGGACAUCGCCUACAACGAGACCAUCAUGCCGAACCUGCUGGGUCACACCAACCAGGAGGACGCGGGGCUGGAGGUGCACCAGUUCUACCCGCUGGUGAAGGUGCAGUGCUCCCCGGACCUCAAGUUUUUCCUCUGCUCCAUGUACGCGCCCGUGUGCACGGUGCUCGAGCAGGCGCUGCCGCCGUGCCGCUCUCUGUGCGAGCGGGCGCGCCAGGGCUGCGAGGCGCUCAUGAAUAAGUUCGGCUUCCAGUGGCCAGACAGCCUGGCGUGCGAGUCCUUCCCGGUGCACGGCGCCGGGGAGCUGUGCGUCGGCCAGAACAUGUCGGACCGCACAGAGCCGGAGCCCCCCGCUCCCUACCCCACCGACCGCACACCGGCAGACCCCAUGAGCGGUCAGUUCAGGUGCCCGGCCUCGCUUCACGUGCCCCCCUAUCUGAACUAUCGCUUCCUCGGGCAGGAGAACUGCGGUGCCCCGUGCGAACCUAAGAGAUCCCACGGGAUGAUGUACUUCAGCGAGGAAGAGCUCAAAUUCGCCAAAAUCUGGAUUGGCAUCUGGUCAGUGCUGUGCUGCGCUUCCACCUUAUUUACCGUGCUGACCUACCUGGUGGACAUGAAACGCUUCAGCUACCCAGAGCGGCCGAUUGUCUUCCUCUCUGGGUGUUACACCAUGGUGUCCAUCGCCUACAUCACUGGAUUUUUACUGGAGGACAAGGUGGUGUGCAAUGACAGAUUUGAUAAUGACAUCAGGACUGUGGUGCAGGGCACUAAGAAGGAGGGCUGCACCAUCCUCUUCAUGAUGCUGUAUUUCUUCAGCAUGGCCAGCUCAAUCUGGUGGGUCAUCUUGGCUCUCACCUGGUUCCUGGCAGCAGGGAUGAAAUGGGGCCAUGAGGCCAUUGAGGCUAACUCUCAGUACUUCCACCUGGCAGCCUGGGCCGUGCCCGCCAUCAAGACUAUUACCAUCCUGGCAGUUGGGCAGGUAGAUGGAGAUGUGUUGAGUGGCGUCUGCUUUGUGGGCAUUAACAGUGUGGAUGCCCAGCGGGGCUUUGUCCUGGCACCGCUGUUUGUUUACCUAUUCAUCGGAACCUCCUUCCUCUUGGCGGGCUUUGUGUCCCUGUUUCGCAUCCGGACCAUCAUGAAGCACGACGGCACCAAGACAGAGAAGCUGGAGAAGCUGAUGGUGCGGAUAGGGAUCUUCAGCGUGCUGUACACCGUGCCGGCCACCAUCGUCAUCGCCUGCAAUUUCUAUGAACAGGCCUUCAGAGAGCAGUGGGAGAGGACGUGGAUCAGCCAGACGUGUAAAACAUACGCUGUGCCAUGUCCUGUCCAGAACCACCCCAACAUGAGCCCGGACUUCACUGUCUUCAUGAUAAAGUAUCUCAUGACGCUCAUUGUGGGCAUCACGUCCGGAUUUUGGAUUUGGUCUGGGAAAACGCUCAACUCCUGGAGAAGGUUUUACACAAGACUGGCCAACAGUAAACAGGGGGAGACCACAGUGUAAUGUGGUGUUACCACACACAGACUGACAAACUGAAUGAUAAUCCUCUUUAUUAUUUUCAUCUGAUUUGUCUUUGAGACACUCGGUAUGUUUUUUAAAUGUACAUAUACAUUUGUGAGAUUUUUGUAAGUAUAUAUUUGUAUUUAAAGAUUUAUACGAUUCUUUUUCAAAGAAUACAUUUUUUUCACGGACUCACUGUGGACACUACUGGGAGCAUUUUCUUUGAUCAGUGAACUGCCUGAGAGCAGUGGGGUCUAUUCUGAGCAGAGUCCCGUGAAACCCAAGUGCUUCCUCGUGGCUGCCUCCUCAUCCUUCACCCUGAUUAACCAGCUGCAGUGUGUCUGUUGUACGUUUGAGCUGCAGUUGUCUGGGUCUGGAGGGAAAUGUCAGCAGUCUGGGACAAGCGACGGUGCACAGGUUGUGAAUGUGAGUCAUUGUGACAGAUGGUGGUGGCCUGUAGCUCAGGUCGUGACGGUUAAAACAUUCCUUUCCAAAUAAAACACAGGUAUUCAUGACAGUUUGAAGGACCAGACCAGUGAUGUUGCAUGUUUUAAUCCUUUAGAUUGUGUCUUUUUUAACUGAGAUUUUUAUAGCAUUUUUCCUGCUGUCCUUGAAACAGCUUUUUCAGUAAGAUAUGAAAAUCUGCAUAGUGUCCCUCAAGGCUGAACUCUAUUUUGUUCAAAAAUGUGUCGUUGCAUUACAGUGCACGUGUCAAAUCAAACCAAAUUGAAAAUAAGCUGUGUUCUGACACAACAAUGGCAGCUUUGACUGAAAUAGGAAAAAAAAUUCCCACAUAUGAAGUGACCAUUUGAUCUAUUUACUGCGAGGAAAGGAGCAGGAUCCAGGGACUUUCUGAAAGGAAAGAAAACAAAAGGAUACUGUAAUGUCGGCUGUAAUGAAAGUGAAGGUCUAAAACAUGCAAACACACUGUGCAUUAACAACAGUGUUUAAACAGCAUUAGCACAUUGUGUAUUUGUAUUUAGUGAAUUUAGAUAAAACCAGCAGGAGUGGAAAUUUGAGUUCUUCAAAUACAAAACUGGAAAACAACGAAGCGUAAGACCUCUGUGUGUUUAACCACAUGUAUAACUUGUACCAUUUUCUGCAUACAGUGCUAUGUAAAAUCAUUGGACACCCUUUGAGCCUUAUACAGUUUGUUUUACUUGUCAAUAUUUUUUCAAUUUCACAUUUUCUUACAAUAUUCUAUAAAAGCAAAGCACUGAGAAAAACAUAUUUUCAUGGAUUCAAAUAAGUAGUGUGAGCAAAAAUAGGUUCACAAUGUGAACUCAGUGUGGAAUUGAAAUAAUCGGUAAAUUCAUUGAUCUGUGAAAUAAUCUGCAACUAUUUUUUGAUAAAUGAUUCAUUAUUUUAGUCAUUUCUCUCACAGGCUCUGGUUUCUCCGAUGUGAGAAUUGUGCUGCUUUUUGUUUUGGUCACGGAUGAGCUGAAUAAUUUGGGCUCUUUGAUUGUCAGUUCACAAAAAAAAACGAUUUCAAUACAUGACCUUGGGCAUAGAAAAUAAUAGGUAAAUAAGUAAAUUGACUAUUGACAUCUUUAUGAAUCUGUAACUACAGGUUCUGUAAAUGAUGCAUAGCUGUGAUGUGCAACAAUUUUGACUACUGCCAGGGAAACCCCCCAAAACCACCAUCACAGUAGAGUUAGAGAUAUUUUUGGGUGUAGAAAAAAUAUAGAGUUUCGUGGAAUGUCAGCUAUAUUGGUAACUUUGGGGUCAAGGUAGAUCAGUUUUGAAAAGAAGCAACACUGGUAUUGCUUUAUGUGUCAAUGCAUAAGAGGUGACUUUAGGUCAUGUCUUCAGAUACUGAGCUGUAAAUGCACCUGCAUGAUUGUUUUAUUUUAUUUAGGUAAUCUACUUAUAAAAUCCUCAUGGCACAUUUUGAAAGCAUUUUUACAAUUAUUGUAAUUCAGUAACGGUCAUUAAAGUAAUAGAAUUUCCUUAGGGGGUGUCCAGACUGAAACAUGGCAUUGUGAAUGUGGCUGUCAAGCUGAUCCUCGGAGAGGUUGUCUGUCCUGCACAUAUCACAUAUGUUUGUAACAAAACAUGUUUUUGAAUUGUUGUUUUAUUUUUCAAGAAUAUGAUCUUAACCUGGAAGGUGAAUAUGUCAGUUAUUGCUGCGAGGCGACUCCGGUCGAUGUGCAUGCAGAGUAAUAUGAUCCUGGUGAGCGUAGCUGUGUGUCUGCACUGUGGGACUGAAGAGCAGCCAGCAGCUUGCAUGUCUUCCACUGCAGGAGAAAGGAAGCCUUGUGCUGAAAUGCAGAGCAGCUGCUGUCAGUGCAGCUCAGCUCACACACACAUCAUGACUUGUGUUCUUGUCAAAUGCUCUUCCACAUGGUGCUUCCGAUUCAUAAUAAUCCUUUCAUUGUGUUGACGGCUCUACAAUAGUCAUGGCUUUGAAGUAAUUUCCUUUGCAUUUGCUAUGAAGAGAACCUUUAUAUUUAUAGAAAAAAAAUAUAUAUACACUACAUUUCUUUAUGAGAAUAAAAACAGUC